CAAGUGUAAACGGUCUCUCGGAAUCCAUUACCUCCGUAGUCCGUACUCUCUCUCUCUCUCUCUCCCUUCUCCCAAGGGCUUCGGACUCAUCUAGCUCAGCCAUGGCUAUGCAAGCGGGCAUGACAUUAUCCCGUAUCCUGAUCUUAGUCGGAGCAGGAUACACUGGCACGAUCAUGCUCAAGAACGGUAAAUUUUCGGACUUUCUUGGAGAACAUCAGUCAUUAGUAAAGGGAAUGGAAAAAUCUGGGGACCACUCGGAUGGUGAUGCUGAAUAUUCUGAUGCCAUUGCGACCCAGGUGCGCCGAUUGGCAAUGGAAGUUCGACAACUAGCCUCAGCACGGCAGGUUACCAUUCUGAAUGGGAAUAGUGGUCAAAUUGGUAACUUAACAUCUCUCAUAGUUCCAGCCGCUACCUUAGGGGCGUUGGGUUAUGGCUACAUGUGGUGGAAGGGCCUUAAAUUCUCAGAACUUAUGUAUGUGACAAAGCGUAAUAUGGCCAAUGCCGUUUCAAACUUGACAAAGCAUUUGGAGCACGUUUCAGAGGCUCUUGCUGCAACAAAGAGGCACUUGACGCAGCGCAUAGCAAACUUGGAUGAUAAAAUGGAAAAGCAGAAUGAGAUUUCAAAGUUAAUUAAGAAUGAUGUUUCUGAAGUUCAAAAGUCACUUUCUGACAUUGGCUAUGACUUGAAUGAGCUACAAAGAUUGGUGGAAGGUUUGGAUGGCAAGAUAGUUACAUUGGAAGAUAAGCAGGAUAUUGCAAAUCUAGGUGUUCUAUAUCUGUGCAACUUUGUUGAUGGAAAGAAAGGAAUAAUGCCUGAAGUAUUCAAGGAGCAACUUAAACUUACCGGAAAAUCUCGUAGUUUAAUCACAUAUACAGAACCUCCAAGUAGGAAGGGUCUUAAGGAGAUUGCAGACAGUUUGUCUGGAGGUAUAGAUAGGUCAGCAUCGGAUGCUAUUGUGCAAGAUGGUAUUGAUAGGUUGGAAGAACAGCCAAGAACCCUGCUGAGGGCGCUUUCUACCAGAUGUUGAAUACAAACUUCUAGACGAGAUGGUAACUAGCCACCAGCGUCUUCUUCGAUGUACUUGUGCAGCAUGUAAUUUGGUUUGAUUUUUCAACUUUGCCGUACACACCACCGGUCAUUACCGGGGAUUUUUCAUGUAUUAAUUUCUACACGCAUAGAUUUUUUUUUUUUUUUUUUUUUCUUCCCGAAUUUGGCAAGAAUAAGUUCUAAUCUGUGCUGUAAAGCUUGUUUCCAUGUAACGAUGAACUGAAUAAAACACCCAUCGGGUUGUCUAAUUGUCUUAGGCGAGGCCAACUCAGUGUCGACCUAUAUGCAUGAGAUUUGACUUGUAGUCUUUUUGAACUUGUUAAGAAAGAUGUUUCUCCA